GCGCUCGGUCCCCGUUGCCGCAGUGACAGGACCAGAGCGCUCCCAGGAGCUGGGAAAUGGCGGCGGCGUCGUCGUCGCGUCGCUCUCAGCAGCAACAGCAUCACCAUCAGACCCAGGCGCCGCUCUCGCCGCCAAGGAGCCCCAGCCUUUCCCCUCAGCAGCAGCAGCGGCCCAGUCUCUCCGGGCCUGAGGGCGAGGCUACUUCGAGCAGCGGCCGUGAAGGGUCGGCGGCCGCGGCGGAGAGGCCUUUCUCCCCAGAGAGCGUCGGAGAGGCCUCUGGGCCUCCUGCGCCGCCGGGUUCCGGAGCCAGCAGCGUCGCCACCAGCAGCACGAGCAGCAGCAGCAGCACCUCGGGCUCCUCGUCGUCGUCGUCUUCGGCGGCCUCCAGCCCGGCCGCCGCGGAGAGCCCCGACCCGCCCGCGCCUCCUCCUCCUCCGCCGCCGCCUCUGCAGCCGCCCCCUCCGCCGGUGGGCAGCGGGGCCUUCCGGGAGCUGCUCGAGGCCUGCCGGAAUGGGGACGUGACCCGGGUCCGGCGCCUGGUGGAUGCCGCCAACGUCAACGCCAAGGACAUGGCCGGGAGGAAAUCCACCCCGCUGCACUUCGCGGCAGGUUUUGGAAGAAAGGACGUAGUGGAACACUUACUGCAGACAGGAGCCAAUGUCCAUGCUCGUGAUGACGGUGGACUGAUUCCUCUUCAUAAUGCCUGUUCCUUUGGCCAUGCUGAAGUAGUCAGCCUCCUGCUGUGUCAAGGUGCAGAUCCAAAUGCCAGAGACAACUGGAACUAUACUCCUUUGCAUGAAGCUGCUAUCAAGGGCAAGAUAGAUGUUUGCAUUGUACUGCUGCAACAUGGAGCUGAUCCAAAUAUUCGAAACACAGAUGGAAAAUCAGCAUUGGAUCUUGCAGAUCCCUCGGCAAAAGCUGUACUUACAGGUGAAUACAAGAAGGACGAACUCCUGGAAGCUGCUAGGAGUGGCAAUGAAGAAAAACUGAUGGCUUUAUUGACACCUUUAAAUGUGAACUGCCACGCAAGCGAUGGGCGAAAAUCUACUCCAUUACAUUUGGCUGCGGGAUAUAACAGAGUUCGGAUAGUUCAGUUGUUGCUUCAGCAUGGCGCUGAUGUCCAUGCCAAGGACAAGGGUGGACUUGUGCCUCUCCACAAUGCAUGCUCCUAUGGGCACUAUGAAGUAACAGAACUCCUGUUAAAGCAUGGAGCCUGUGUAAAUGCAAUGGAUCUUUGGCAGUUUACCCCGUUACAUGAAGCUGCCUCUAAGAAUCGUGUGGAAGUUUGUUCUUUGUUACUCAGCCAUGGUGCAGAUCCAACAUUAGUCAACUGUCAUGGCAAGAGUGCUGUGGACAUGGCUCCAACGCCUGAGCUGAAGGAAAGACUUACUUAUGAAUUCAAAGGACAUUCCUUACUACAAGCAGCAAGAGAAGCUGACUUAGCCAAAGUAAAGAAGACACUUGCCUUGGAGGUCAUUAAUUUCAAGCAGCCGCAGUCUCAUGAGACAGCACUGCACUGUGCUGUGGCUUCUCUUCACCCCAAACGGAAACAAGUAACUGAGUUGUUGCUUCGGAAAGGAGCCAACGUGAAUGAGAAAAAUAAAGACUUCAUGACUCCUUUGCAUGUCGCUGCUGAACGAGCUCACAAUGAUGUUAUGGAAGUUCUCCAUAAACAUGGGGCAAAGAUGAAUGCACUAGACACACUUGGGCAAACAGCUCUGCACAGGGCUGCAUUGGGAGGUCACCUGCAGACUUGCCGGCUUCUGCUGAAUUAUGGUUCAGACCCCUCCAUAAUCUCCUUACAAGGUUUUACCGCAGCACAGAUGGGCAAUGAAGCUGUGCAGCAGAUACUGAAUGAGAAUACCCCUGUACACACAUCUGAUGUGGACUAUAGACUGUUGGAAGCCUCUAAAGCUGGAGACUUAGAAACUGUGAAGCAACUCUGUAGUCCCCAGAACGUGAAUUGUCGAGAUUUGGAGGGGCGUCAUUCAACUCCGCUGCACUUUGCAGCAGGUUAUAACAGAGUGUCAGUAGUGGAGUACUUGCUUCACCAUGGAGCAGAUGUGCAUGCGAAAGAUAAAGGUGGCUUAGUACCCCUGCAUAAUGCCUGUUCAUAUGGACACUAUGAAGUGGCAGAAUUGUUGGUGAGACAUGGUGCUUCAGUCAAUGUUGCAGAUCUCUGGAAGUUUACUCCACUGCAUGAAGCGGCAGCAAAGGGAAAAUAUGAAAUCUGCAAGCUUCUUCUAAAACAUGGAGCAGAUCCAACAAAAAAGAACAGAGAUGGCAAUACGCCGUUAGACCUGGUGAAGGAGGGAGACACAGAUAUACAGGAUCUUCUGCGAGGUGAUGCUGCUCUACUGGAUGCUGCCAAAAAGGGCUGCCUGGCACGGGUUCAGAAGUUGUGUUCUCCAGAAAACAUCAAUUGUAGAGAUACCCAGGGACGGAAUUCUACCCCACUUCAUCUUGCUGCUGGUUACAAUAAUCUGGAGGUUGCUGAAUAUCUUUUGGAGCAUGGUGCUGAUGUCAAUGCUCAAGACAAAGGAGGAUUAAUUCCGCUGCAUAAUGCAGCAUCCUAUGGGCAUGUAGAUAUAGCAGCUUUGCUGAUUAAAUACAAUACCUGUGUAAAUGCUACGGAUAAAUGGGCAUUUACUCCAUUGCAUGAAGCAGCUCAGAAAGGAAGGACGCAGCUCUGUGCUCUGCUAUUAGCUCAUGGAGCAGAUCCAACAAUGAAGAACCAGGAAGGUCAAACACCUUUGGAUCUGGCCACAGCUGAUGAUAUCAGAGCGCUUCUGAUUGAUGCAAUGCCUCCAGACGCCUUGCCAACCUGCUUUAAACCUCAAGCUACUGUAGUUAGUGCCUCUGUCAUUUCACCAGCAUCAACUCCUUCCUGUCUAUCCGCUGCCAGUAGCAUAGAUAACCUUGCAGGACCUCUAGCAGAGAUCGCCGUAGGAGGUGCAUCAAAUGCUGGUGACGGAGCAGCAGGAACAGAGAGGAAGGAAGGAGAAGUUGUUGGACUUGACAUGAACAUCAGCCAGUUCCUGAAAAGCCUUGGUCUGGAACAUCUUCGGGACAUCUUUGAAACAGAACAGAUUACCUUAGAUGUACUGGCAGACAUGGGACAUGAAGAGCUGAAAGAAAUUGGCAUCAAUGCAUAUGGUCAUCGUCAUAAGUUAAUAAAAGGCGUAGAGAGACUUCUGGGUGGGCAGCAAGGCACCAAUCCAUACUUGACUUUUCACUGUGUCAGCCAGGGAACUAUUCUUAUAGACCUUGCUCCUGAUGACAAAGAGUAUCAAUCCGUGGAAGAAGAGAUGCAAAGCACCAUCAGGGAACAUAGAGAUGGUGGUAAUGCUGGCGGGAUCUUCAACAGAUAUAAUGUCAUCAGGAUUCAAAAGGUUGUAAAUAAGAAGCUGAGGGAGAGGUUCUGUCAUAGGCAAAAAGAAGUCUCAGAAGAAAAUCAUAACCAUCACAAUGAGCGCAUGCUCUUUCAUGGGUCACCUUUUAUUAAUGCUAUUAUUCACAAAGGAUUUGAUGAAAGACAUGCAUACAUUGGAGGAAUGUUUGGAGCUGGCAUUUACUUUGCAGAAAAUUCUUCUAAAAGUAACCAGUACGUAUACGGAAUUGGCGGAGGUACAGGGUGCCCCACACACAAAGACAGGUCCUGUUACAUCUGUCACAGACAAAUGCUAUUUUGUCGUGUGACACUGGGAAAAUCUUUCUUACAAUUUAGUACCAUGAAAAUGGCCCAUGCACCCCCUGGGCAUCACUCAGUCAUUGGCAGGCCAAGUGUAAAUGGACUUGCAUAUGCGGAGUAUGUCAUCUACAGAGGAGAACAGGCUUACCCAGAGUAUCUGAUCACAUACCAAAUUGUAAAGCCAGAUACUCCCUCACAGACAGCAACGGCUGCAGAACAGAAGACCUAGUAAAUGCAGGUUCAGAGAGAGAAAUGAGGUGAUUGAAAUAACUUAUGGACUGGACGGAGGACAUUAGUUUCUAACAUCAGCAGUGUGUGAAAUUUUUGUCACUCUGGAAUUAAGCUGUAUGUGUUUUAUAAAGCAUUGCUCUAUAAAUGAAUAUGAGUAACUGAUACAUACUCAAUUGCUACUAUUCCUUUUGAGGAAAUGUUUACAAAGGUUUGCCUUUUACCAACAUAUCUCAGGCUCACUUUCCCUGCAGUUGCCAUGUGUGUAGUGACAUCGUUGCUUCAAUCCAGAUGUUUGGGAACAUCAUUUAACAAGCAGGGGUAUGCCAUGAUCCUUUUUUUAAAAAAGAAAGAAAAGAAUUUCCGAGGCCCCUUUUUGGUUUAACAGUGCACAUUGUGGUGGUACUAAACCCAUGUCACAUUCUCAACAUUCAGAACUGCCGUUGUUAUUUUAAAGUCCUUAGUUGGCUAUUUAAAUUUCCCCCCUUUUAUUAUGAAAAUGAGCCAGGCCCUUCGUGAGUAUAUUUUUGCACAAAGUCAAGUUGACUAAAAUCAAUUAACAAUGCAAUAGGAAUUUCUUACCCAAGAAGGUGUUAGAGAGCUAGUUCUUUGGUCUGGGAUUCUUUUUGCACUUUUUAUGAAAUGUUUCUCUAUGUUACUAGAAGCAUAAACGUAGAUCCUCAUCUUUUGUCCUUGCCGAGUUCCUCUUUGGGAAGAAUUCAUCCUGUUCAUGGAGCAGCCGCCUCUUGGCCAGCUCUCUUCCUUCUGGAAAGGUUCCCUUCUUUCUACUGGCUAAAAUACUAGUAGACUGUCCUUGAUAGAAGACUCUGGGAGAAAGCUUUGAUAAGGACACAUGUUAUAUAUGUCGGAAAGUGUCUGAUAAAAAGCAAAGGAACUUGGAAAGCAUGAAAAGGCAAACGUACCUGCAUUGAAAGGUCUGCCUGGACGUGUUUUUCUAUCUAGAUAGAAUCCAGAAAUAUGUUCAAGUUCACUUACAUCCCCACCUCUUUAUGUUGCCAUUUCCAUUCCCUUUAAAUUCUUCCACGAUCACAGAAGUAGUACACAAGUGAAUGAAAACCCUCUGUGGUCAUAUGAAUUUGAUGUACCCUUUCUUCAUACACUCUUCCCUGAAAUGAGGAGCAGGAGAGAGAUUUUGACCUACCCCAGAUUUUGUGUACAAUCCCAGAAAGAGAGUCUUUUCUUUCCACAGAGAGGCUGUUAGGACCUGAGCAUUGUCCAUUCAAGCUUGCUUUAGGGCCUUCUCACUCUCAGUAGGAAGAAUACGUUUUAUUUUAUAUUGUGCGUGGAUUCAGUCACAUGCUGUAUCAGCACCUAUCUACUGAAUUGGCAUGCAAGUAUAUUUUCUCCAGUGCAGACUGGUGUUUAAAUGCCGGUAUAGAGGGUAGUUUGCAUUACUCUUGAUCUCAGACGGAUGCUAGUUGUUUUCUCACUCUUAAUUUUGCCCCCAUAAAUUUGCUUAUAAAAAGCCUCUUUAAUAUCAAAGGUCUAACAACAAAAGCUUAAUUUUUCCCAGAGAAAGUUUUUUUAAAAACAAUGCAGUAAUUUUAGUAAAAAAAAGUUGAAAAUUAAGUAGCAUUAGGGAUUUAUGAAUAGGUUAGGUAACAGAGAAAGAUUACAAUAUUAGUAGCAACAUAACUUUACAAAAACCUGUCAACAACCAAAGGAUCGCUCAGAUUACAGAUUUUCCAUUUAAGCUUAUUAUUCAUUGAAAGUUAAAAAAAACUUAUUCACAAUUAUUUUGUGAAAUGUACUGGCAUCUGCUUGGAAAUGGGAGCAAAAAAUUGUACCUGGUAACUCCACAAGCACAAAAACCAAACCCAAAGAAAUUUUUGGAAAAAUACUUUGCCAAGCAUAAUCAUGUAAAUGUUGACAGUUGUCAAGCUCACGACUUGACUCAAGCUGACUAAAUGCCUUCUAAAGUUACUGGAGAGGCCAGAUGUAACACCUUUUGACAAUUGUGAAUCUUUCCCUUUGGCUUUUGUUCUCGCCGGCUACUGGCUCUCGUUGGGCUUGAUGGUUUGCAAUGUAAGGCUUCAGAGUCCAAGGCUGGGCAGACUAGUUUUUGCGUUAAAUACAUGUCAAAUUUGUGAAGGGAUGUUGGGGUUCAUUGUGAAAAGCAGAUGAAUAUUCAUGUGGAGAUUUCUGUUUUUAACCACAGUUGGGGGAUGUGCCCAUUUAUUGCAAAUAAAUGUGAAAGUCUACAUUCUGCCAACUUCAUGUAGCUGUUAAUUGGAACUCAGCUGUCUGUGUAGUUAAGCCAAAUGGUUAACAUGGGUUUUGAAAUUCAGUGUUUCUCUCCAAGGGACGAUUCUGUGGUUGUCUUUUUCCUCCGGCGUGAUAGUGGAAUUGAUGAAAUGUUUUAGAUUUCAUGUAGAGUCCUAAACUUCCAGAACCUCAAACUGUGACCCUGAUCUUUUGAACUGCCAGUGUUUUGUAACUGAUGUUUUUUGUGCAGAGUAAAAGGUGCUGUGCGAGGACUUCCAUUUGCAGUGGCUUUUGUCUUGUAGUAAUGUAAUUCUGUUAAUACCUCCCUGAACAGACCUUGAGAAAUAUGCAUGCAUGUUUGCUUAAGUCUUCAGAGAUCCCACAGCCUAACAUGAAAAGUCAAAAGUAAGAUGUAAAUCUAGUUUUCUCUCUCCGUCAGAGUAACACAGCGGCCACAUGUCCAUGACACAAGAUUUGAUGCUGGGGGGGGGGGGGAGGGGGAUCCUCUAAUCUUAUAUCUAAAAACAAUGAUUUUGGAAUAAAUAAUCAAGAAUCUAUCAAGUAUUUGGGGCAUAUAUUUUUUUUUCUUAAAGUAACGCUUUGUGCUGUGUUCAAGUAUAUCAAAUAUCUUCCCACUAGAACAGGAAAAAUAACCAAAAUAUUUUCAGACUGGAUUGUUUUGCUCCCUUGGAUCCCAGUUCCCAUUCAUCCCAUUUUGGAAUAAAUAAUGCUAAUAAACACAAUACAGUCAGUUCACUUUUUAGCUUUCUUCUGCUAAAAGUGAAAAACAAUGGUGCAAGAGACCUGAGCCUCAUUCCUAGUUUUAGAAUGGGAUGGGGUCAAGAAGGUUGAAUUAGUUCUGCAGGAGAUUUGGAAGACAGCACCUAACAACAGAGAAAGCUUUCUCCAAUGACCCACUUGUCCUUUGUGGCAUGUAAAGCAUGUUGCCACAUUUUCCCCCUAGCAGUUUUAGGUCCAUGAGAGCCUUUUGUUUUGUUUUGUUUUUUGCAACAGAAAAUGACUCAGAAAACACAUCCCGUUUCCUGUUUGUUUGUUUUUUUUUUCCUUCCAAAACCCAUUUGUGGACCUAAAAUGCUAGAGGGUGUUUGAGAACAAAACAUUGUUUAGAAUCUCUGUGCCCUAAAGAACCACAAAAACAGCCCCAGGGACUACCCUUUACCCAGUCCUGUCUUAGAUUUGCCCCGCGAAUGCAACACCAGUGGGACUCCAAGUGUGUUUGUGUAUGUGCCUUCAACUUAUGACGGCCCAUGAAUUUCAUAGGGUUUUCUCAGCAUUACAGUUUUAGAAACACUUCCUGGGUGGGCCUAUCUAGUUGCUUCCUUUUUAAAAAAAUAAGUAGAAUUGUGACCUUAAAUAACUCCGUCAUUUGAGGGCUAUUGCUCACAAUAUGCAGCAAGAAGCAGUUUACCACUCUCUAAUAAGGGCAUUUAUUCACCAUUAUGGUGCAUAUGUUUGCAAACAAACAUUGUCACAUUGUAUUUUACAUUUCUGGAUAUAGAACUAUAGAUGUUUGAAGAAUUUCUUACACACAUUUCCCUUUCUGGUUUCCAAAAUGAGAGGGGGAAUAGUAAAAAACUGAUUCUUUUUGGGUGGAUCACUCUAUGGUUAAACAGGGAGAAGAGCUAAGCUUAUGGCUUCACUUUUUCAUGCAUUCCUGCUGCUCCACCUGCAUUAACUUGUUAAUUAACGUUGAGAUACACAAACAACAUUUUUUUAAGAAUUUGCUUUUUUAGUCAGGUGGAAUAUUUAUUAAAGAGGGGACUCGUUUGUUUAGGAAUUUACACCACAAAACAGUUUUUUAAGAAUUCUCAAUCUCUGGGAAUGAAGAAAUAUUUUAUCCAGCAAAUACAUGUAGAAAUUGGGAGAAAUGCAGGUUGAGCAUCCCUUAUCUGGAAUGCUACAAUCCAAAAUCCUCCAAAAUCUGAAAUUGUCCAAAAUCCAAAAUUCAGUGGCUGGGAUUUGCUUUUUGGUGGUUUAUUAUACACCAAUUUUGUUUCAUGUACAAAAUCAUUUGUAAAAAUGGUAUAAAAUUACCUUCAUGCUACGUGUAUAAGGUUUAUUGAAACAUAAAUUAAUUUCAUGUUGAGACCUGGUUAGUAUUUCAAGAUAUCUCAUAUUAGUAUAUGCAGAUACAAGCAUUCCAAAAUCUAAAAAAAUCUGACAUCCAAAACACUUCUGGUUGCAAGCAUUUUGAAUAAGGAAUACUCAACCUACACAAGAAUCUUACAAAUAUUUUUGAAGUCUUUUUUAAAAAAAACAGACCCUUUUCAGCUGAUGUUGAAAAUAUCGCCUUUCCUAUGCAGACUUUUAUGACUUCUCUAGAUUUAUUGACUUGAAGCCUCAAUAUGUACCAAAAUAGUGCUUCACUAAGUGGUAUCUAUACAACAUGUUUAAACUUAUUCAAACUUCAGCAGUUAAAACACAGCUGUCUAUAUUGUGCCUUUUCCCACUCUGCAGAUCCAACUGCAGCUUCAUUGGGCAAGAGAACAAACCCAAUUCAAGUUAAAAAUAGGUAAUUUAAUGAAUCAUUGGCCAUGGGAGUUCAGGCUAUGCAUGCACAGUAUACAUUUCAGUCUCAUUGUUAAAUAUUAAGUUUUAGCAGGAGAAUCUGAUAGUAGGACCAAUAGCAGGACGUUUGGAUACCAUUUAGGAGGCAAAUUGUUCUCACAGUAACAAGAUGCCAGUUGGAAGUCCUCCCUUGAGCACCAUAAUGAAUUGGGACCAUCUGCCUGCUGGCAUUGUGAUCAUAAGAUACUUUCCAGUGCUCCACAGUAGCAUUUGUGUGGCUGAUGGGUAGCUGUAAUGGAUACAAACAAGCUGCCAUUUAGUGAUUUUAAGUUUGUUAAAAAUGCAGUAUAAAAGCAUAACGUAAAGUUGGCUUGAUAUAAAGGAAGGAUCCAUAUUUUCAGUACUUCAACAUGUCCAGAACUAUUGCUGGAUUCCACUUCAAUCCCUAUAUUUGUGUCUAUUAGUUGCCAACACGUUCCUGAUCAUCACAUCCUCCUGUUUAUAUGGGUCUGCUAUAAAUGUGAACAAAAUAAACUGUCAGUAGCUGCCACGUUUUUGUUUCCCAAGUGUCUGCAAGAAUGUGAGUUCUAGUAUCCCCAUAUAAAUUACCUUACUUUAUCAUUAUUGGUAUCAAUAGUUUGUUAGCAACCAAGCAAGUGGCCCUUGUAGUGACAUCAUCUAAACAGGAAUCGUGGAUGCAAGCAUUUGAUUUAUAGUUAUUGAGGAAGUCUUGACAGCUGUUUGGAAGGGAAUUCCCUACAAUUUGCUUUCCUUAGGUGUAAAAAAAUUGUUCUCUAGGAUGGCAACCAGUAGAAGCAAAGCUCUUGAGUGUUCAGUGGUUUUCCAACAGCGCUACAAAAAAGCAGCUCAACUUCCUGAUAAUCCUGCCUUCACGAAAACACAAGUUUCUUGCAUUUGGGAUACUCUUCUAAAUUUAGAGCAGGAGUGGCCAACUCUCCAGGAUUAGUCCAUUGCCCAUGUUUCACCCAUAGAUGCCCCCUCACCCUCUAAGGACAUUUUUGCCAUGUUUUUGGCCUGCCUUGGACCAUUCCAGUCCCAGAAGAUAUUUUUUAUAACAAGUGAUCCAGAAGUUACUUCCUGGUGGCUUCCUGAAUUUUUAAACAGGAAGGCAUCUCUUGGAUGCAAAAUGUAUUAGAUGUAUUUGGGAGCAAAAAGCUCCCCUCCCCACUUCUGCUGAAAUUGGUCUUUUUAUGGAUCGAAUUAAUUAUGGUUCAUUGCUAUUUUUGCAUAAAUUUAACCUGGAAUAGAAAUGUAAUUGAUUUUAGAACUGAACGCAUAUCCAAGUUUCAGUUGUAUCCGGUUAAAUGUUUUGAAGGGUAAACAACAUUCUAUUAGAUGGGGAAAACAUGGCUUGUGAUCAGGUUAUAUUAGAGCAGUGGUUCUCAGCCUGUGGGUCCCCAGAUGUUUUGGCCUACAGCUCCCAGAAUCCCAGCCAGUUUACCAGCAGGUAGGAUUUCUGGGAGUUGAAGGCCAAAACAUCUGGGGACCCACAGGUUGAGAACCACUGUAUUAGAAGAAGCAAUUUCCAGAGGGAAAUAGUGGCAAGUCUUGUGACAUCCUAUGUAUUGUGACAUAAAUAUUUUGAGGACCAUAAGUCGAACAUCAGUAUUUUCCUCUCUCUGUUGUGUUUAUUGUGGUUUAGGACACAAACUGUGGAAAGAAAACGAACCAUGCAUUUAAACCGAAAUGUCUAUGUCCAUUGAGCACUGUUUUUUUGUAGUUUACUCAUCACAGGGUAUUUUUUGUUGUUGUCCCAGUUCCAUUCAGUUACUAGUAAAGGAUUUUCAAGGCUUGUCUUUAUGAUGCAGUCCCAACACUUUUUUUGUAUUUAUUUGCCAUAUUUUCAAAACUUCCAACAGGUUUUUAGAAUUGGCAGCUUUAUUGUAGCAUUACUCGAUGUGUACAGUCCCAGUAUAGUUUUGACACCUGGUGAUUUCCAUAAACUCUAAAGUCCUGGCUUUGCAUUUUAAGAAUUCCUGUGUAACUUGCUUGCAUAGCUAGCCUUGUGUUCUUCAUGCAUACUGGCCAGAGGAGAACAUAAGAAGUCCCCUUAUGGCCUUCCAUGUCUGUGACCCAGAACUGGGAUGUUACUUCUUUUCUCUUGCUAAAAGAGAAGAUAUUAGAUUCUCUUAAUUUAACCAAUGUGAUUGAAUUUUGCAUAAAGCCAAUGUAACAACUGAGUUAGAUUUUCCUGUGCUUUGACUUAAUUGUCUGACUUAUAGUACUUGUGACAGAUCAAGAUUCAAUAAACACUUUUUUAACAAA